AUGGCCACACAGUCACAGGUCACUGCUUCUGAAGUGGCCACUUUAAGUGAGCCGUGCCUGAUGCUACUAGCUGACAUCACUGCCCCCGAAGAGCCGAGCAGGAGGAAGCGCGGGCACCAAGCUGCUGUGGAUGAUAACUACCGCGUUUGCUUCGAUGCUCCACUACUCCUUCAGACCAGGGACCGACUGCUUUGCCAGUUCAGCAUUUCAUCUAUGGUUCGCAAUGGAAUCCAGAUACUACAGAUUGAAGACAAGACCGUGCUCAUAAACAACACCUCAAUGAAGAUUUAUUACAGCCCACAGAUGUCUGUCCCACAAGAGCAUUCUGAUGAAGAGUAUGUUCCUGUACCAGACAGCACUGUGUUCAGCAUCGGCCCAGUUGGGGAACUUCCCGUCGCCAAGUACAACACCAUUCCCUGCUGGGAUCUUGUGUCAGACAACAGUCAUUCAACAGGAGAACCACCUCCUCUGCAGAAAUAUAUGCUGCUCAGCCUGUGCCACAACGCAGCCGCCGGAAGUCCAGAUUGCUGGAGUCUGCCCGCCAUUGUCCGCUUGGAGUAUCCGAGGCAAAGUGUGGCUGUUCCUUUAGAACUGUGUGCUGGGAACGACUUGUGCACCAAGGCACUGGUUUUGACUUAUCAGGAACAUUUUGGCGUGACUUACAUAACACUUACCGAAGACCCAAGCCCUCGUGUGAUUAUUCGUAACAGGUGCACGGUUUCGUUACUUCUAAAAGAGAAUAUUAAAGAAACCCCAAAGUUCGAGGUUUAUUGUCGAAAAAUCCCCGCAGAAUGCUCUGUGCACCACGAAAUGUAUCAUCAAGUCUCCAGCUUUCCAGACUGCAAGACCAGAGAUUCCCUUCCCGGGAUCUACCUGAAAGUCUUAUCGUGUGAGGAGUCAGCUGUGGAAUGGAGCGACCUGAUCGAUAUCAACAACCAGGGCACACAGGUGGUUUUCCUAACUGGAUACGGCUACGUCUACGUGGAUGUCAUUCAGCAUUGUGGAGCCAUCAUCAUCACUUUGGCUCCUGAAGGAAGAGCGGGCCCCGUUCUAACAAGUCUUAAUAGAACUCAAUGUCAGCGCAUUGUCUUUAAGUCAUUCAUCACGCAGCUCAGCGUGGGCAUAUACGAUGACGUCACCAACUACAAAGCUUCCUCAGAACUCAUGCGGCUAACUAUGGACAAUGUGUUCCUCCAUCUGACCCCGGUGGCCAGCUAUCUCAGGCAGCCCUGCCAAGAGAUGCAGACAGACCUUACCUGUGGGAUACCAGUGUUUUACAGCCUGGAAGUGUAUUGUGGCGAUUUACAGAUAGACAACCAGCUCUACAGCAAGUCUAAUUUCCAUUUCCCCGUUCUGGUUUGCCAAGAGGAGAGAAUAGAGUUCACCAGAUGGCCAAAGGCUGGGAGUCUGUUCAUGUCCAUCAAAGAGCUGGAGGAAUACAAGGAAACCUCGUUCUUCAAACUCUUCGUCACAUUCUCCUUAGAACAAGACGUUUGUGAUCUAAAUGAGCUUAGUUUUGAUCUGAGGCCGUCUCGACUUUACGUGGAGGACACGUUUGUCUACUAUGUAAAAACCCUGUUCGACACAUAUCUGCCAGAUAACAAAACACUGGAAAGUCAAGUCAAGUUCAUUGGAUCUAAGUUUCCUGCUAUACUACCCGAUCAAGUACGACAGCAUGCAACGGCAUUGGUUAGUCCAGUUAAGCUCCGAAAAUUGACUGUGCAGCCAGUUAACCUGCUGGUUAGUAUCCAUGCAUCUCUGAAGCUGUACAUCGCCUCAGAUCACACUCCACUAUCCUUCUCCAUGUUUGAACGUGGACCCAUAUUUACCACCGCCAGACAGCUCAUACACGCCCUGGCAAUGCAUUAUGCCGCCGGUGCCCUUUUCAGAGCAGGUGCCCUAUCUGCGGCUAGUGACACUGCUUUCCUUGGAGUGGCAGAGCGUAGCUUCUACAGCUGUGGAAACAUUGCCAUUCGCCAAUCUUUGGCUGAGGGGGAUUGGCCCGAGUGA